AUGGAGCAUGAGCAUGCGACCAGUUUGACUGCUCGCGCUGUAAAGAGGGCGCUACCAGACCGUGCAAUAUUGACAAAAGAUGCGAGGCAGACACUCAACUCUGCCACUAGUGUAUUUACGCUGUAUUUGGCAUCCUUAGCACACGAAACUUCCGUAGCUAACAAGCGCAAUACUAUCACAUUAAAAGAUGUUCUGCAGACACUUCGAGACGCAGAUUUUGAACAUUUUAUCGAGCCUAUUGAGGCGUGUCUGCAAGAGGCAAAAGUUACUGAUUGUAAAAUUAAUGCUCAAAUUAUUGUGGCUGAGGACGAAGAGGGUGGCGAGACGACAAACGAAGUCGCACAUCAGCUAGAAGAUGUGGCCAUUGACACAAACGAGGAGGAUGACGAUGAUAUGGUAUCAAUGGACGAGCCUAUAAGUGCUGCGGCGGGGAAGGUGUGA